CGUCGUCGUCGCCGUUGUGCUCAUUUAUGGAGUGAACCGAAGGAGGGGCGAAUCCAACCGGUGGUGCUUUAGAAGCCCAAGAAAAUCCCCAUUUCUGGGACUCCCGCUCCGACCAACUGCUCCCCGAAGAUCCUUUUGUCACAGGUGCUUAUUUGAAGCAAGACAUCAUAAUUAAACUUAGCUGCUUCUGCUUGCUGAGGUUCGAUGGGCUGUAUGUCUUCUAAGCAUGAAGCCAAACACACACCAGGGUAUGAAGAUCCCGUUAUACUUGCUUCUGAAACGGCUUUCACUGUAAAUGAAGUAGAAACACUCUAUGAGCUAUUUAAAAAGUUGAGCUGUUCAAUAAUCAAAGAUUGGCUUAUCCACAAGGAAGAAUUCCAGCUUGCUUUGUUCAGGAACAGCAACAGGAAGAAUCUCUUUGCUGACAGGGUGUUUGAUUUGUUUGACAUAAAAAACAAUGGGGUUAUUGAGUUUGGAGAAUUUGUUCGAUCACUUAGCAUCUUUCACCCAAAUGCUCCCAAAGCAGAGAAAAUUGCAUUUGCAUUUAAAUUGUAUGAUUUACGGCAAAUGGGCUACAUAGGACGUGAGGAGUUGAAAGAGAUGGUAUUGGCUCUUCUCAAUGAAUCUGAUGUGGUUCUUUCAGAUGAUAUUGUCCAGACAAUCGUGGAUACUACUUUCGUUCAGGCCGAUUUAAAUGGCGAUGGGAAGAUAGAUCUAGAUGAAUGGAGGGAAUUUGUUAAAAAAAAUCCAUCAUUGAUCAGAAAUAUGACACUUCCAUACUUGAAGUCUUGAACUGAAGUUUUACACUUGCAGCAUUUCAUUUGUCUUCUAAUCUGUCUUAACAGUAUUUGGUUAGAAUUUUCUCAUUAUGUGAUGUAUGGUAGGUUUAAUGUUUUUCCAUUAAGAUUUAAAUGCUGCCAAUGAGCAAAUUAUUAAUCAAAAUCUGAUAUUGUCUUCUAAUCUGUCUUAACAUUAUUUGGUUAGAAUUUUCUCAUCAUG